AUGCUGUGGGUGGCGCUCAACUCGCACAACCCGGAAGGAGUCUGGGCGAAGGCGGGUCUGGCGGGGCUUACCUACGGACAGAUCACGUCGAUGGUGUACUUGAAGGUAUCGAUCUCUGAUUUCUUGACGCUCUUCUCUUCUCGCUCUGGGGGUGGUUUCUUCUGGACAAAUAAGCCGUCUGGAAUCUUGCUGGUGGCUGCGGGUAUUGCCUGCUCGCUGUCGACGAUCAUGGCGAACGCGUGGCCGGAGUCCAGGCCUGAUGGCGUGCCUACGAUUGGCCUGGCUCGCGUGGCCCCCAAGGAACUGUCUCUGUACGUCUGGAUCUACUGCUUGCUGUGCUGGUUCAUCCAGGACGCCGCCAAGGUGGGCGCUUACGCCCUUCUGAAGAGGAACAAUAUCUUCGGGAUCAACGAUGUCGUUGCGAUGAAGAAGGCUGACCCCUCCACGGCAGUUUAA